UAUCUCAGUGCUGGCUGAGGAUGAUGAUGAUGAAGAGGUGGAGGAUAGCGAGGGGCGGAGGGGGAUGGAGGUGAGGGCUCACAAGGCGUCCCACACCAAGUACCUGAUGAUGCGUGGAGACUGCGUUCCCGGCAUCGUCAACCUCCGAAACCUCAACACCAACGAUAGUAUCGUGGUGGAGUCCUGCACCAUGAGGCUGCAGCUACGCCACACACCUGGACACACACUGUUUAUUACCCAGGACUCUCCUCCCCUAGACUUCUCCAGACAGGGUACCUCUCUCCUCCCCUCCUUACUCACCCAUUCCCUCAGUGCCCAUCCCCCCUCCUCCCCUUCUCCCUCCUCCUCCCCCCUCCCCUCCUCCCCCUCCUCCUCUGUAGAGGGGUGUGAGGGGCGUCUGGUGACCCAGAGAGGGUAUAACCCAGAGGACAUUGGGGCUGUGGCAGAGCUCAGAGCAACGCUGGAGAGACACGGAGCCUUCGGAUUGGACAGACAGGACCUGGUGACAUCACACACACACCUGGCCGAGCCCAGAGAUGGGCGUACUAGAGGGCUGCAGCAGUACAUACAGGACCUGCUGGAGGAAGAGCUGGUGUUGGAGGUGGGAGGGAGCUCAGUGCGUCUGGUGUUGUUGAGUCACGCUGAGCCCUGGCUACUGACCUCCACCGAGAGGCAGAGAGACCGGCCCCACGGAGGGGCCUCCGUCCUGGGGGACAGAGAGCACCACAACCCCCUCCUCCGCAAGAGAACCAUGGAGGCCCCCAGAGAGAAGGAACCACGGAGGAAGAGAGAGAAAAGAGAAAUGGUGAUGGAGGAAGAGGAGGUUGAGAAGAGUGGAGAGAGGACACCUGAGGAGGAAGAGGAGGAGGAGGAGGAGGGGAAGACGAUGCAGCCUAAAGAGAAAGACAGGAAUGAGACAGCGGAGGAGAGAGGGAUGGAGAGAAGAGAGGAGUUAGAAGGAGAGAGGGACGGAGAAGAACCAUCAUCUACCACUGAGACAGAACAGAGCACAGAGGGCGACGGUGAGAAGCCAUCUUCAUCUCUAGCUGAGGAAGAUGAUGGUGAAGCUAGCGGUCUGCGUGAGGAAGAGGAUGGUAGCAGCGGUAACAGCGGCCGCGGUGGGUGUGACGUGUCGUUCAUCAGUCGUCCGUGGCGUAUCGUGGACGGCAGUCUGAACAGUCCGGUGUGUAAAGGCAUGUUGGAGGCAGUUCUGUACCAUAUCAUGACCCGACCCGGUUUACCAGAACACACCUUACUGGAACACUACAGAGGAGUCCUGCAGCCUGUGGUGGUGCUGGACCUAGUGCAGGCCCUGGUAGAGUUGGGCUGUAUUAAGAGGAGGUACGUGAGCAGACGUCCAAAACCCUCCCUCUUCUCCUGCCCAGCCACCUUCCUGGUGGAGGAGGAGAGGGCGAGAGAGACAGGGGUGAGGCUGGGGGAGACUGCGGUAAGACCGGCUGAGACGACCACUGUGUUCUACGAGCCGACCAUCGACUGCUGUCUGCGUCUAGGACAGGUUUUCCCCCAUGAAAACAACUGGAACCAGUGGAUCCAAUUCGCACAACAUGAGAACAAACAGUAGGGAGUUUUAACUGAUCCGGGGUGUAUUCUUUAGCGCACACCGUAGUGAAACUUUUUAGGCCGUAGCAAAACAUUUUGCAACUGAAAAAUGUUUUCGCAAACAUAAACAAGAGUUUCUAUUGGAAAAGUUAAAGGAGGUCCCUCGCCGUUUCGUUCCCUAUGCUUCUGUUUGGUUCCAUUUAGUUCUUAGUGAAUACACCCCAGGACUGCUGGGGACAGGAGUUUUACUUGAUCAGGACUAAUAGGCCCAGGAGUUAGAACAACAAGUUUCUUCACAGUGGGUAACCAAGGAUCUUUGGUUCUGGUUCUUAAUUACUCUUACCAGACAACAAGAUUUUAUUUUAGCUAAAAAUUAUGUUUCAGUUCUGGUUUUACAGAGCUCUGGGAAUUCGUUUCACAUCUUAUAGUUCUUUGAUUUGGGAAAACCUGUUGUCAUGGUUUCAUGUAAGUUGUUUUGUUAUCGUUUUCUUGAAAGUGUGAUUUAAUAAAAUUAAAAUCUU